AUGGAUUCAGAGUUAUCGGACGUGGAAGAAUUAACAUUGUGCAACUUUUGCAAACAAAAAUUUAACAACUCUGACCUCUGCCCAAAAAUAUUACAGUGCAAACAUUACUUUUGUUUAAAAUGCAUUGAAACGACAAUGUUAAAAGGAAGGGACUUGUUUUGUGUUAACUGUUGGAAACACACAGAAGUUAAUGAUGGUGGUGCAGCAGAUUUACCCACUCACAAUCCCAUUCUCUCAUUGACAAGUCACUUAUCGUUAUUAAACAGCGAAAAAAAUUUAGAAAACAAAGAGCUUAAGGCAAUUAACAUAUGCCAUGCACAUGCCAUGCCAUUUAGUAUGUGGUGCCACACUUGCCAUAAAUCACUUUGUCGAAUGUGUUUGAUGAGAUCUGAGCAUGCUGGACACCAAAUAAAAACGGAAAAUGAAGCCAAAGACCUUCUGGUGCAAGCAGAAUUAUCAUCAAUCAAUAAAAUUCUUUUGGACAUUCAACGAUUAGCAAUAUACCAAAGAGAAUUUCUGCUAAAAGUUUUGGAAGCAUGCAUUACGCUGAAAACGUGCCUAGAAUCAGAUCUACAAAUGAACGUCACGCCGGAAUUGAACGAAGCAAAAGAAAUAAUUAUGAGAGCGAAAGCAGGUUUGCUACAGUUCAACACGCCCUUGGACGCGCAAAACAUAUUUACAAAUCUCAUAGCUGAAAAACAACGACUAGAAACGAAAUAUCACGAAAUGUUGUUGCAGUGUAAAUUGGACGACCUCAUCGGGAGUUCCGGAGUUGUUUUCGAUUUUACACUUUUGACACAAGCUCUUGGAAGUUUGCAAAACACGGAUUUUAUUUUUCCACGCUCCAGUCCGGGAACGCAAAACCCCAUUUUAUUUCUAACAAACUACUGCAUGUCUCAGUUGUAUUCCCGAUAUGUAAUUUCGAAAAGUCAAAAUCAACUUGAUUUGCUCCAAUCGAAAAUAAAUCAAAAUAACGAUUGCAUUCUAAAUAAAUUUGAUUUUUUGAACGAUAAUAUAAAAACGGACGUUAUUUUACAAAACGGAAGCUACCUCGGUGGUAAAACGAACGAUUAUAUUCCCGCCAAAUUGAAUUCGUCGGAAUCGAAAUUAAUUAAAUCAAAAUACGAACACUCUCCCCCGAUCUCAAUUAUACGAAAUCCGAAUAGCUCGUACCCGUUGUAUUUUUUUAAAAUCAAUUUAAAUUCCAAUUAUUUCGGACGGAUAGUUAUAGAAACGCGACCGGAUUUGGCGCCGAAAAUGUCGAAAAAUUUCGCCGCUCUCUGCACGGGCGAAACGGGUGUCUCGUACAAAAAUUGCACCAUUUUCCAAUGUUGGGACGGAGAAUCCAUAAUAACGGGAGACUACGAAACGAAUAACGGUCGAGGGGGUAAAUCCAUUUACGAAGAAGGUUAUUUUAUGCCGGACGAAACGAAAAUACCCUCCGUGAGAGGUGCCGUGGGAAUGAGACGAACGCAAAAAAGACACGACAAUCUAGGCAUGGUCGGAUCCCAAUUUCGAGUCAUAUUACAAGAAAUGCCCGGGUUUUCGGCCAUUUUCGGACACGUCGUCGAAGGGAUUGACGUUAUCGAAAAAAUCGCGAGUUUCGGAGAUCAAACCGGUAAACCCACCAAAACAAUAACGAUAACAAAUUGCGGAAAACUUUAA